GUAACAGUGGUGGACGUUAACAACCAUCCUCCCCAAUUUACACAAUAUACGUACCAGUCUUCUAUAAACGACGACUUGCCAGUACAAUCGUCAGUUUUGCAAGUAUUAGCUACUGAUGGCGAUCUUGGUGAAAAUGGUCGAAUCACGUACACUAUUGUGGAUGGAAACAAGGAAGGUUGGAGACCAAUACGAUUUACAUUUUAA